UAAAAGAGUAAAAAAGAAAAGAAAUGUAACAACUAAAAAUAAAAAUAUAUUAUACUCAAAAUUACCCAACGGUAAACUAGAAAACAUCUGUGGCUCUAUUUACCACCGCAUCACGGGCGUUGGCCGAACGCGACAGGGUCCCACAGAUUACGUAUUAGGAGUAUAUAAAGUGGGGGAAUCGACGGGGGCACGAAACGCACCUAUCGCCUACUGGCGUAAUAAUUCCAGGCCCAAUAGUUAGUUGACCCCUUGUUCCUUGUUCUUCCUUCUCCGCUUCAAUCUACAGGCUAUGGAUGGAAUAAUUAUGUUAAAAGGCCUUAUAUUUGUGUGCUUAAUUGCCUCUUCAACUGCUAGAGAACUUAAAGCGAAGGAUCAAGGGUCAAUCUACAAUCACACUCUUGCCACCAUAUUGGUGGAAUAUGCCGCAACGGUCUAUGUGUCAGAUUUGACAGAACUGUUUACUUGGACAUGCCCCAGAUGUAAUGAUUUGACGAAGGGGUUUCAAAUUUUAGAUCUCAUUGUUGAUGUGAAGCUAUGUCUACAGGCAUAUGUGGGGGUGGCUCCAGAUCUUAAUGCCAUUGUAAUAGCUUUCCGAGGCACUCAGGCAACCAGCAUACAGAAUUGGAUUGCUGAUCUAUUCUGGAAGCAACUUGAUAUAGAAUAUCCUGGAAUGGAAAAUGCAAUGGUGCAUCAUGGAUUUUAUUCGGCUUACCACAACACAACAUUACGCCCUGGAGUGCUAAGUGCUGUUAAAAGAGCAAAAGAGCUGUAUGGACACAUUCCCAUUAUGGUGACAGGACAUUCAAUGGGAGGGGCCAUGGCUGCUUUUUGUGGAUUGGAUCUCACAGUAAAUUAUGGCUCACGGAAUGUUUCAGUUAUGACAUUUGGACAACCUCGAAUCGGGAAUGCUGCUUUUGCGUCCUACUAUAGCAAAUGGGUACCAAAUACAAUUCGGGUCACACAUGAACAUGAUAUUGUUCCUCAUCUGCCCCCAUACUAUCACUAUUUCCCUCAAAAAACUUAUCAUCAUUUUCCUACGGAGGUGUGGCUCCAUAACCUCGGUUUUGGACUUCUUGUCUACGCAGUUGAAAAGGUUUGUGAUAAUUCUGGGGAAGAUCCUUCUUGUAGCAGGUCAGUGACUGGUUACAGUAUUAAGAAUCAUCUGUGGUAUUAUGGUGUAAGAUUAGGAGGCGAAAAUCCAGGAUUCUGCAGAAUUGUGGAACGUGAUCUUGCUGCAUAUGGUACAGUUGAUGUUGAUGGAAAUGUCAUUCUAUCCCGAGAUAUUCCUGCUUCUGUUUUGAGGAUGAAUGUUGAACCUAACGAGGAUGGUCGAUUGAUGUAGAGGUUCUCUGGGAUUAUUUUCUUGGCUGUGGGGAGGUGAAUAUAGGUCCCUGGAAUGGCUUAAUUUUAAUCUGUAUCCCAUUCAAUUGUGCAAUUUGGUGAUUCAUUGUGGGGAUCAUAUAUUUAUUACUUCUUUUUUCUUGUGUACAUAUCAUCUUAAUGUAAAUAAAAUUUUACUAUUGUAAUCAAUUGAACUCAAAGAGAGUAGUGUGACUGUUCUACUCUGAACAGAAGUGACAAGUGAAAGUACUCUUAAAUAUUACUACUAAAAUAGAUGCAUCAUCAUCUGGUAUGACCCGACAUUUCCUACUGUAA